GGCAUCACACGCCACUAUCACUGUUGUUCCCAUCUCCAUCUCCAUCCCCAUCCCCAUCCCCCCCACGAUCGUCGUCGUUCAUUCAUUGUAUAUUUUCCGGACUGGGGUUUUUUUAUUACCAUUUGUGCUGUUGCGGCCUGUUGGAACUUCGCUCACUCCCCGCAAUCUCCAUUUUCAUCUCCAUCCUCGAUCCUACCUUGCGUCCAUCAACAGUUCUUCCUGUCUGUAAACAUCCUCCUCCGCCUUGCACUCCCUCACCUCUGCAACCAAAACAUCAACACCCACAAGGGAACAAAAAAUAAAAUAAAAAAAUGUCGAUGCCAGGCGCCUUUUCCCCGGAUCUCCCACCCUUCGAACCCGACUCCAAGAAGGACGAAUCUGCCUCUGUCCAACCUCCAGCCCUGCGUCUCGACCAGCCCUCCGACGCCUACUCUCUCCACACAAACGACCCCUACUUCGAUGACGUCGCCGCCGCCGCCUCCUCCUCUUCAGCAGCAGCCCACGACCUUCCGCCCUCCUAUACAGACGAAUCUCAAGAUACCUCCUCGCCGAGUGCCAAACACCACUCCGUCACCGUGACCACAAACGCUCUUCUUGCAGACGAAGCCGGUCCCUCGCCCCUUCUCUUCCGCAAGGACGCCGUCACAGGUGCCGAGAUCCACACCUCGCGCCGUCUCGACACCGACCCGACCUACCUCGAAGCUCACAUCACCGCCCUCGCCGAGCUGCCACCUCGGCCCUACGUCCGCAUCCGCGGUACCCACACCGAGAGCGUGCGCAAGCGCGACGACAAGACUGAGAGCAAGACGGUCGUCGACUUUGACAUCCGCCUCGACCUCACCCCCUUCCUUUACCGCGACAUCGCCGCACGCCGCUCUUGGCGCGAGCUGCGAACCGCCGACAACUUCCAAAAGGUUCGCCGCGGCACUGUCUUCCCCACCCGCGCCCCGGGCUUCGGCGGCUCGUCCUCGUCCUCCUCGGCCGACGCCGACGUCCACGGUGCCAGACAGCCCACCCUGCGCGAGUGGUGCCACCGCUACUGCGCCUCUCACGCCGGCCUCAAGACCUUCACCCUGCUCCGCACCGUCACGGGCUUCGACGAGGACGAGAAGCUCAAGGCCCGCCUCGAGGACCUCGUCCGCGCCACCCACUACCGCGGCCGUGUUGACGUCCUCUUCCCCGUCCAGGACGCCCGCAUCGAUGUCUACAACACUUGCCGCGUCAACCGCUGGCGCUCGACCACCUGGGUGCGCUGGCUCUUCUACUUGACCUUCCUUUGGGUCUUUGCCUGGCCCUACCUCUUCUUCCGCACCAAGCGCUUCGAAGUUGUCGAGGCCGAAUGGCCCUUUUCCCGCCGCCGGAGGGACCCGCAAACGGGCAGAGUCACGGGCCGCGAGUACGUCACCAUCUCGGAGCUCGACUGGUACAACAUGUGGGGUCGGGCCAUCUCCAAGGCCGUCCUGGAGAGGCGCCAGGGUGAGCUGGACCAGCGCGACCUCAGGGAUGCCGACGGGAGACAGGGCACCAGCUUCGAGGAGGCUCUUGCGGGCAUCGACGGCGAGGCAACGAGGGGCCUCGUGAGGGCCGGUGUCAGCGCCAUGAAUGUCGUCAACCGUCACUUUGGAUGGGGAGGUGAUUGCUGAGCUGCCGAGCAUGACACAUCGGUGUGCUCCGGGCGUUUCUUUGAUUUUCCCGUCUUUCGUCGUUUGGUCUCUUGUUUUGCGCCGCCAGGGGGGGAAUAGUUGACGGCACUUUGCCUGCUGCUCGGGUUUCUCAUCACAAUGACCGAAAUCGCGUUUUGCUUGUUUACUUGUUUGUUUAAUCGUCUACUUGCAUUGCUUCUUUUCGAAACGAUUCCCAGACUGACGCAUUACGAAUCCCCUUUUCUCACCUCUUUCUGUUUCGCCCUUUUUCUCUGUCAUUUGGUUGGAGUACCAGUGUUUUGCAUAGGUAGCGAGGGUUAGGAGUACUCACGAAAAGCGCAAUUUUAUUACAACAUCAACCCGGAGACCCCUUGUGCAGAAACGACACUCUUCAUAUGAAGAUGACGAACUGGAUAUGUGUGUUUGUAUGCAUGAGAGAGAUGUGUAA